AAAUUGCACAAAAUAUUGUUUCAAACUGGGUGUUUCUAAGCGUACGAGCAUGCCGAUCGCAUCGGAAGUUAACCUUGCGGAAGUCUUUUUCAAUGAAGAAGACCUCCCUUACGAAGAGGAAAUCCUUCGCAAUGCUUACUCCGUUAAACACUGGAUGCGCUACGUUGAGCACAAGCGGAACGCACCAAGAUUUGUCAUCAAUACCGUGUUUGAGCGUGCAUUGAAGGAACUGCCCGGUUCCUACAAAUUGUGGUACAACUAUCUCAAAACGCUCCGGAAGCAGGUGAAAGGCAAAUGCAUCACGGACAGUGAGUACGAGGAAGUAAACAAUGCGUUUGAACGUGCGCUCGUCUUCAUGCACAAGAUGCCUCGCAUCUGGAUGGACUACUGUUCAUUCAUGACCGGCCAGUGCAAGAUAACUCGCACAAGGCAAGUGUUCGAUCGAGCCCUGCGUGCACUCCCGAUCACUCAGCACCAUCGCAUUUGGCCUUUGUAUUUGGAGUUUUUGAAACGUUUCGAUAUUCCCGAAACGGCUGUCCGUGUGUGGCGCCGGUACUUGAAGCUCUGCCCGGAAGAUGCGGAAGAGUAUGUCGAGUUUCUGCAAUCGAUCGGUCAUCUGGAUGAGGCAGCCCAACAGCUGGCCAGCAUUGUGGACAAUGAAAACUUUGUUUCCAAGCACGGCAAAUCGAACCAUCAGCUGUGGAACGAGCUUUGUGAGUUAAUUUCCAAAAAUCCGGACAAAGUACACUCGCUCAACGUGGACGGCAUUAUCCGGGGUGGACUGCGCCGGUACACCGACCAGCUGGGCCAUCUGUGGAACUCACUCGCUGGGUAUUACGUGCGCAGUGGACUGUUUGAUCGGGCACGGGAUAUCUACGAGGAAGCCAUCCAGACGGUCACUACGGUGCGUGACUUUAGCCAGGUUUUUGAUGCAUACGCACAGUUUGAGGAAUUGAGCCUUAGCAAGGUGAUGGAGUUGCUCGAACGCAAUCCCAAUCCAACCGAGGAUCACGAGAUCGAUGUGGAGCUGAGAAUGGCACGGUUCGAGUAUCUGAUGGAACGUCGGCUAUUGCUGCUGAACAGUGUGCUCUUACGCCAGAAUCCACAUAACGUGGCCGAAUGGCACAAACGGGUGGAACUGUACGAAGGGAAACCGCACGAAAUCAUCAACACUUACACGGAAGCGGUCCACACCGUACAGCCGAAACUUGCCGUCGGAAAGCUCUACACCCUCUGGGUGGCUUUCGCAAAGUUUUACGAAACGAAUAAACAACUGGCGGACGCUCGGAUCGUGUUCGAAAAAGCGGUCCAAGUAGACUACCUCAAGGUUGACGAGCUGGCCAGCGUUUGGUGCGAGUGGGCCGAAAUGGAAAUUCGCCAGGAACAGUACGACGAAGCGCUACGCAUCAUGCAAAGGGCGACAGCAAUGCCGAAGCGUAAGGUAGCUUAUCACGACGACACGGAGACGGUCCAAAUGCGCGUAUACAAAUCACUCAAGCUGUGGUCGAUGUACGCAGAUCUGGAGGAAAGUUUCGGUACGUUCAAGACGUGCAAGCAGGUGUACGAUCGGAUUAUCGAUUUGAAGAUCUGCACGCCCCAAAUCAUCAUCAACUAUGGGAUGUUCCUGGAGGAGCACAAUUACUUCGAGGAAGCAUUCAAAGCGUAUGAGAAGGGUAUUGCGCUGUUCAAAUGGCCCAACGUGUACGACAUCUGGAACACGUACCUUACAAAGUUCCUAAACCGUUAUGGCGGUCAAAAGCUGGAGCGAGCUCGGGACCUAUUCGAACAGUGCCUGGAUGGUUGUCCACCGGAGCUGGCUAAGAAUCUGUACCUGUUGUACGCGAAGCUAGAAGAGCAGCACGGUCUGGCACGGCAUGCAAUGGCGGUUUAUGAGCGUGCUACAACCGCUGUCAAGGAGGAAGAAAUGUACGCCAUGUUUAAUCUCUACAUCAAAAAAGCCGCCGAAAUCUACGGCAUUCCCCGAACGCGCCAAAUUUACGAGAAAGCCAUCGAGGUACUGCCGGAAGCGGAUUCGCGCCAGAUGUGCGUACUGUUCGCCGAGAUGGAAACGAAGCUGGGCGAAAUCGAUCGUGCUCGGGCCAUCUACGCACACUGCAGUCAGAUGUGCGAUCCGCGCGUAACGGCCGACUUUUGGCAGACGUGGAAAGAGUUCGAAAUUCGGCACGGCAAUGAGGACACGAUGAGGGAGAUGUUGCGCAUCAAGCGUUCGAUCCAGGCGACCUACAACACGCAGAUCAACAUGAUGUCGGCGGCACUGAUCAAUGCAGCCGUCACCGCCGGUGAACCGCCGAAGGAUGCUAUGCGAGCGCUAGAGGUAAAGGCGGCUGAGACGACGGCUCGUGCAAUAGCGGCCGUUGGUGCAUCCGGUGGCAACAUUAUGUUCGUACGUGGCGAAACGCAAGGUGGAGCAGCAAAGGACGAUCGAGUGGUUAAUCCGGAUGAAAUCGACAUUGAUGAUGAGGAGGAUGAGGAUGAGGAGGACGACGACGAGAAUGAAAACGGCACGGACGGUAAUGGCGGAACCGGUGGAGAUAUCAGCAAAAAGAUUCCCAUCGAACGACAGAGCAUUCCAGCGAAAGUGUUCGGUAGCCUUCAUCGGGAAGUUGAGAAAGAAGGGAACGAAAUGGACGAAUAA